AUGCAGCAGCAGCCUUCGAGACCAUUGGCGUACCAGCGUCCCUCGCUCUCGGCAGCCUCCUCGUCACUGCCUACACGCCACACGCACGCGAGAAACUCCUCCCACUCUCUGCUCACCGGAGCUCUUAAUCCGAACCACCGCGUCACCCGACGCAAAUCUGUCACCAACCAAGCUCCCAAUGUUGCCGCCCUAACCGCCGCCAUUGCCGACGGCGAUCCUGCCACGGCAAUCCCCAUUGCCAACGCUUCUACUCGACGAAACACUUUGUCCAAGGCUGCCAAGAUGUCCAUCGCAGCCAGUCUCCCUUCUCCGCCUGCCAGUCUACCGCUGCAUCGUUCUCUCGCCGACUCUAAGAUGCACCAGGACAGUGCCAUCGACGACGAUUCCAUGUCAGGCGAUGAUGCCGAAGGCUCCGUGGAUGGCAGCCGUGCUCGUCGUGCUAGUGACGGCCAGCCCUUGACAAAGGACGGCAAGAAGAGCAACCGCGUCGAAAUUCGAUGUGAGACGUGCGGCAAAGGCUACAAGCACAGCAGCUGCUUGACCAAGCACUUGUGGGAGCACACUCCUGAAUGGUCCUUGACCUCGAAGCUGCUCAUCUCCAAGCACCAACAAGUCCAGCUGCUCGAGGCUGCCUCUGUUCUGUUAGCCAUGAAUGGCCCCAAUAAGGAGGCCGACGUCGUUACGCCUCCCGAUUCCGCCAAGGACUUCAACAGCGAGCCCGAAUCCGCUUCGCCAUCCGCCUCUGGCUACUCGGAACAACGAGAGCGUCUCAGCUCUGCCGACACGACGCCACCUCCCGUUGGCGAGCCUCUUGCCUUUAAUGGAAUGGCUUAUCGCGAAAAGCGUCUUAGCGGUGGCAGCGGGAUUGCUCAGAGUCUCCAAUCAACCCCCAUUGGCCCCCAGCAUCUCUCGAGCAGCACCCCGCGCGCCGGGUGGAACAGCGGUCGCCGACCCUCGCUAGGUCAUGGCGGCACUGGCAACGAGGACCGCGAUCUAGCUGCCGCUGUAGAGCUCCUGAGCUGCAGCUUUGGUAGCAACGGUGGCCACGAUGUUGUCGGCGUCGCUGCCGAUGCUCCGCCUGUACCUCCAGUUCCCGAGCAGUACCGUGAUCAGGCACGGUCCUUUUCCACCGCUGGGUUUCUCAACAGUUUCCCCAGCCGCCAGCCUGAAAGUUUCACGCGAGGCGAGUUCCGUCGCGGUAGUCAAGAUGUCAAGAUGGAAGACAGUGGCGAGUCGGCGGCCGACGACGACGAUCUCGAGUUCCGAGCCCGCGCUCGUAGUGACGAGGAUGACGAUGGUGUGUUUGGCCUGAUGGAGGAAUAA